GGUAUUCCCGCAUCACGAGUCGCUGUGACGGAACAGCUGUCACAAGACGUGAUGCGGAAUACGCAUUGUGGAUAAAUAAAGAGGAGGGGGUGUGGACUCCUGAUCUUACGUGCUCAACCGACGGUAUUUCGUCAAAGAGGAACGUGCGGUUUGUCGUGUAUGUGCUACGUGUGACGAAUAAACGAAUACAUCACUGACAGAGCUCAGUUUCCCUAGAAUUCAGUGGCAGGGGGUCAACGGGAUACGUGCGCGCGAACGGGUGGUCACAACGCACGAAAAAUACGCUUUUAAAGGCAAAAUACUCUCUAGCAGCAUCCCAUCUUGUGAUUGUGUGCAAAGUCUCACGUUCACCCGGAAUCCAUCUAUCUUGGACGUUUCUACUCUGGCACAAUGGAGGGGGAGAAGAAACAGGUAACAUGCUACCUCCUGUUUUCUUUGUCAACGGCUGUAAUCGGCUCUCUACAGUUUGGUUACAACACAGGAGUCAUCAAUGCACCUGAACAGAAACUGCGGUCCUUCUUCAACGACACGUGGGUGGAGCGUUACGGGGUACCAAUCAAACCAGGUGUGUGUACCAUUGUGUGGAGUUUUGCAGUGGCCAUCUUUAGCGUGGGUGGUAUGAUGGGCUCGUUCAGUGUCAGUGUCAUAACCAACAAAUUUGGAAGGCGAAAGUCCAUGUUUCUCGUGAAUAUCUUGGCUCUGACUGGUGGAGGUUUGAUGGGGCUGUGCACUCUCUGCUACUCUUUUGAGAUGGUCAUUGCUGGCCGGCUGAUUAUUGGGUUGUUCUGUGGUCUCUUCACUGGUCUCACUCCAAUGUAUAUUGGGGAAGUGUCGCCCACUCCACUCCGUGGGGCUUUUGGGACCCUGCACCAGCUUGGUGUUGUGGUGGGCAUCUUAAUCGCUCAGAUCUUUGGACUGGAGUCUCUUCUGGGUUCACAUAAGCUCUGGCCUUUGCUUCUGGCUCUAACCAUCCUGCCUGCCAUCCUGCAGUGUUUACUGCUGCCGUUCUGCCCAGAGAGCCCUCGAUACCUGCUCAUCAACCUCAAUAAGGAAGAGGAGGCCCGCAAAGCACUGGUGCGUCUCCGUGGCUAUGAGGAUGUGGGGAAGGAAAUGCAGGAGAUGAAAGAGGAGAGUGUUAAGACAGCAAUGGAGAAGAAGGUGACCAUCCCAGAGCUCUUCCGUACUGCAGCGUACCGUCAGCCACUCCUCAUUGCAGUCAUGCUGCAUCUCUCCCAGCAGCUCUCCGGCAUCAACGCUGUGUUCUAUUACUCGACUGGUAUUUUUGAGUCAGCCGGUGUCACUCAGCCCAUUUACGCAACCAUCGGAGCUGGUGUAGUCAACACUGUCUUUACUGUAGUAUCUCUCUUUUUAGUGGAGAGGGCAGGACGGAGAACUUUGCACCUGAUUGGUCUAGGUGGGAUGGCCAUCAGUGCCUUGUUCAUGACAAUUGCCUUGUUAUUGAAGGACAUUGAGGCUCUUCGCUACCUCAGUAUUGCAGCAGUUUUUGCCUUUGUGGCCAUGUUCGAGAUGGGCCCAGGGCCCAUUCCCUGGUUUAUAGUGGCUGAACUCUUCUCCCAGGGGCCACGUCCUGCUGCCAUGGCCAUUGCUGGAUGCUCCAACUGGACAGCCAACUUCCUUGUGGGACUCACCUUCCCCAAAUUGGAGGAGCUGUGCGGGCCAUAUGUCUUCAUUAUAUUCAUGAUUUUCCUCAUCAUCUUCUUCAUCUUUACAUACUUCCGUGUUCCUGAGACGAAAGGGCAAAGCUUUGAUGAGAUUGCUCGUGGUUUCAGUGGAGCUCCGCCUCCAGCAACCACCUCCACAGAGGAGUCCGGUGGAGUUGCACUGCCUGCCUCUCCAGUUAAAGAGAAGGUCCCAUUAGUGGAAGCUUCCAAAUCUUCCUCUGUCCAGGGGCCCAGCUCAUCCAAGCAGCCUGCAGCAGAGGCCGCAAAGGGGGAGGAGGAUCUUAGCUCAGUGACCCAGCCAUUGGUUAAAUCUAGUGGAGAGGAGAAAUCUAAUUCCAUCGCCCAAGGAACAGUGUAGAACUAUACAGUUUAGCUCGAUUAAAGCCAUGACAUGUACCACUGAAGAUAGAAAUACAGUGCUAGAGAUUAUUUACAGGCAAGAGAUUAUUGUAAACAGAUUUAUAUUUAAAUGCCCGUGACGUGUCACAAAAUCACCCAAGAUAUAUUUUGAAAGGAUAUGAGAGCUCAAGGUGUGUGAGCUUUAUUUUAUUGUGUAAGAUGAUAAUUGAUGGUUUGUUGCAACAUUGAGUCAUGUUUUAAAGGUUUUAUCCUUUUUAUUGCUAAUAUAUUCCUUUUUGUGCAUUUUUGGUAAUGUUUUAACGUGGUAUAUCAAAUAGGACCUAGUUUCCUAUCUCAAAAAGGUCAAAAGAAGGGAAUUUUUACGUUUGGCCUUCAUAAUUUACUCAUCUUUCAUGAUAACACAACUGUCAAACCUCUCUUUCUUUAUAGAAGUGUUUUUCCUUUCCAUUUAAUUAGCUGCUGAUCAAGAAAGAAUGAUUGUUGGCUAAAUCCCAAGCACCUACACACAAUCUCAAGGCUUUUUCACAGACAAUGUUCAUUUUGUACAAUAUUACAUAAUAGAUAGAUACAUUUGCAUUAGUUCAGAUCACUACUUCCAUUUAACAAAAUGGUAGUUACUUAAUCUAUUUAAUUAGAAGAUUAACUAAAAAAUAAUAUUUAUAUUUAUAGGGAGUGCUUAAAUAGCUAGGCUUACACCAAGAAUAAAAGUGCUAGUUUACUGCCAAAAAGACUAAAUAGGUUUAAAUAAACAAAUUAUUCAGAUAGAUAAGUCACUCAUUCAUCUAAAAUCACAGUCAUUUUCUAGAGGAAGCAAAUGGACUGACCAGUGUUCUAUGAAUUGCAUGGCUGCUUUUAACAUCUACGUUUCACAUAGCCGAGAUAAAGAUUUUUAGAAAAUGAUGUGAUCAGGGAGGAAAUUUGCUUAUAACCAUUAAUCAUGCUACUGAGUUUUCUGUGCUUGCUGGUUUAGUAUACCAGCAUUAUGUGCACCAUGUACUGUAGUCUGUGCUGCAACGAUUCACUUUGAGGUUUGAUUGAAAUCUUACCCGAUUUGAAUAAAUGUUUUUAGAAUGACUGUAGCGCCGCACUUUCCGACACUUUGAGUCCUUUUCAAUGAGAACACAUAAAGUAUUUAAAUAUUUAUUUAUACAUAGAGCAUCUGUAACCAUAAUUUUAUCAUUUGAGUGAAAAGACACUUUAUGCUGCCAUUCUGAGGUGUUGCUAUUUUUGUCUAGAUAGUGAAUGUGAAAGUAUUUAUUAAGCACAUUUAAAGGCUAGGGGUAAUGAGGAAUGGUGCUUUUCCCAUUUCAGUGUCUUGUGAUCAUGUAUGUAUGUAUUGCAUGGUGAGAAACAUUCCUUUCACAGCAGUGCGCUGUGGUUGUAUUCCAGCGGUCCAGAGCAGCUUCACAUGGAGCAUGCCCUCUUCGAACACUAGCAAACACAGCCAUCUUAUUAACUGUCAGUACCUUUCACAUACCUUAACUGUGCAUAAUGUACACAACAUGUAGUUUCAUGCUUACUGUACAGAGUUAGAAGGGCAUUACCCUGUAAAUACGCAAGUUGAAGUGUCUGUGUUGAAUGGUGUAAUUGUAGGUCAAAAAGAGAAUGUCUGCUACACUGAAGUGUUGAUGCUUUGACAUUUGUAUAUUUCCUGGUGGGUUUUCAUGCAAGCGUAUUUAAAUCAUGAGUGGUCCUGUGUACAGUUUUAUUAUUUUGUGAAUAAAUAGUCUAAAUUA